AUGAACAUCUUCAGGUUACUCGCCGAUUUCUCUCACCUGGCAUCAAUCCUUAUCCUUCUACAGAAGAUGAAGUCGUCUAGUUCUGCGUCGUCUAUUGCUGCCGAACUUGCGCUGACUACGGGGAUUUCGCUGUUAGAUCUAUUCUGGACAUUCACCGACUCGCUAUACCUUACCACGUUCAAACUACUCUUUAUCGGCUCCUCCGCCUAUAUAAUCUUCCUCAUGCUGAACGAUUACAAACCUACCCAUGACCCCAACAUUGAUACAUUCAAGGUUCAGUACCUGCUUGGAAUCAGUGCGAUUCUUGCCCUGUUCUUUCCGCAUGACUACCGUCUAUCGGAGAUUCUCUGGACCUUCUCGAUUUGGUUGGAGUCGGUUGCAAUCCUGCCUCAACUCUUCAUGUUGCAACGUACGGGAGAGGCGGACACUAUUACCACGCAUUACCUUUUUGCGCUGGGACUCUACAGGGCCCUUUAUAUCCCUAACUGGAUCUUCCGUUAUUUCACCGAGGCUUCCUUCCAGCGAUCGUUCCAACCCGUCCCGAUCAUCGCCGGUAUCAUUCAAACCUUGCUUUACUCCGACUUUUUUUAUAUUUACUAUAACAAGGUCCUCAAGGGCAAGAAGUUCUCGCUUCCCGUCUAA